AUGGAGAGCGGCCACAAGCCCUACGCGCAGCUCCCCGACUGCCCGGACGUGGAGCUGGUGCCACUGGGCGCCGCGGUGCAGAUGCCGCCGGGUGCCACGGUGCAGAUGCCGCCGGGCGCUGCGGUGCAGAUGCCACCGGGCGCCGCCGCGGUGCAGAUGCYGCCGGGCGACCCGCCGCCCCACGACUACCUCGCCUGGUCCCUCAGCAGCCUUCUCUACUUCAACUGCUGCUGCCUCGGCCUCAUGGCCGUCAUCUUCUCCAUCAAGUCCAGGGACCGCAGGAUGCUCGGCGACCACAGCGGCGCCCUCAGCUACGGCUCCACCGCCAAGGGCCUCAACAUCGCRGCCGUGGUGCUCGUCCUCGUCCUCGUCGUCAUCAUCACGGCCGUCGUCGCCAGCGUCCUCACCACGCGCUACUAG